AUGGGCUCCGGUAGCUCCAAGCCCGAGGCGACGGCGGACUCGAAACAUAUCUUCCAGGGUACCGCACCUAUCCAAUUCUCCUCGAACGUCGUCGACUCCCUCCAGAACAACACCGAGACGGACUCCGCGCGCGCCAAAUCCCUCGAACUGCAAAUCCAAGCCCGCGUCUCCCAAGAACUUGAGCGCCUUCGCGAACGCGAACAACAAACCCUCGCCGAGAUCGAAAAGCGCCUCUCCGAAGUCAAAGACACCGGAUCUUCCUCCUCCGCUGGCCUGUCCCCCGCGACCCCCAACGUCAGCCACCCGCCCGGCUCCCUGAACCUGGACGCGCCUCGGAUCCCGUUCGCCGGCCGCGAAUAUGCCCCCGUGCCGCCCGUGGCCGCGGACGAGGCGAAGCCGGUCAACCGGGAUAUUUCGCGGGAGUCGGUGAACGAGGAGAUUGAGGAGUUGCGGGCGAGACUGGAGGGACGGAGGAAGUUGGUGGAGCUGGAUUCGGGCGUUGAGAAGGCCAAGGCGGAUGUGGUGAGCUGUUUGCGGUUGAAUGAUCGGAGGCCGUUGGAUUGCUGGAAGGAGGUCGAGGGGUUCAAGAAGGAGGUUGCGAGGUUGGAGGAGGCGUUUGUGGAUCGUGUGGUUGGUUGA